GGGGCCGGGGCCUAGGCGAGCGACGCUGAGAUCGAGCGAGCGAGCGAGUGAGCGAGCGGAGCGGGCGCAGCGCAGAGGCCGAGUGGACCGAGGCGGUCGAGCGCAGGGCGCAGACACUGGUGCCGCCUGCCCUCUGCCUCGAGCCUGGUGACCCCCCCUCCCUGUGUGACCAGGGCCCAACCCACACCUCCGAUGGAGUGCUGGAGAGAUGUGUGUGGCAGUCCUCAGUCCCACACCCGCUUCUGAGGUGUCAUCUGCAGCAGACCUGCCGGCUACCAUUUUCCCCGUGCACGUGGCUCCUUGGUUGGACAGCUGCUGCCUGGGACAGGUGACCCCAGCGCCCCACUAGGGCAAAGGCCCCCGCCCCACGGGCCAGGAUCAUGAAAGGCCUCGGUGACAGCCGCCCCCGCCACCUCUCCGACAGCCUGGACCCACCUCAUGAGCCCCUCUUUGCCGGCCCUGACCGAAACCCUUAUCUGCUGUCGCCCACCGAGGCCUUUGCCCGGGAAGCCCGCUUCCCCGGGCAAAACACACUGCCGGGGGAUGGGCUCUUCCCACUCAACAACCAGCUGCCCCCACCAAGCAGCACCUUCCCUCGAAUCCACUACAACUCCCACUUUGAGGUGCCCGAGGAAAGCCCAUUCCCUAGCCAUGCCCAAGCCACUAAGAUCAACCGGCUGCCUGCCAACCUCCUGGACCAGUUUGAGAAACAACUGCCCAUCCACCGUGAUGGCUUCAGCACCCUCCAAUUUCCCCGGGGCGAGGCCAAGGCCCGGGGUGAGAGUCCGGGCCGCAUUCGCCACCUGGUCCACUCUGUCCAGCGUCUCUUCUUCACUAAGGCGCCCUCCAUGGAGGGCACCGCGGGCAAGGUGGGUGGCAACGGUGGCAAGAAAGGCGGCCUGGAGGACGGGAAAGGCCGCAGGGCCAAAAGCAAGGAACGGGCCAAGGCUGGGGAGCCCAAACGGCGGAGCCGUUCCAACAUCUCAGGCUGGUGGAGUUCAGACGACAACUUGGACGGUGAGGGCGGUGCCUUCCGCAGCGGCCCGGCCUCUGGGCUGAUGACUCUGGGCCGCCAGCCAGAACGCACCCAGCCCCGCUACUUCAUGCACGCCUACAACACCAUCAGUGGACACAUGCUCAAAACCACUAAAAACACCACCACCGAGCUGACCGCCCCCCCACCCCCGCCUGCUCCCCCUGCUACCUGUCCCAGCCUUGGAGUGGGCACCGACACCAACUACGUCAAACGUGGUUCCUGGUCCACUCUGACCCUCAGCCAUGCCCACGAGGUCUGCCAGAAGACCUCGGCCACUUUGGAUAAGAGCCUGCUGAAGUCCAAAUCCUGCCACCAGGGUUUGGCCUACCAUUACCUGCAGGUGCCUGGCGGCGGGGGAGAGUGGAGCACCACGCUGCUGUCCCCUCGUGAAAUGGACAGCACCGCGGAGGGGCCCAUCCCGUGCCGGCGCAUGCGCAGUGGCAGCUAUAUCAAGGCCAUGGGCGAUGAAGACAGUGAUGAGUCUGGAGGUGGUAGUCCCAAGCCUUCCCCCAAGACUGCAGCACGGCGUCAGAGCUACCUGAGGGCCACGCAGCAGUCCCUGGGAGAGCAGAGCAACCCUCGCAGGAGUUUGGACCGCUUGGAUUCAGUGGACAUGCUGCUGCCUUCCAAGUGCCCCAGCUGGGAAGAGGACUACAACCCCCUCAGUGACAGCCUCAAUGACGCCAGCUGUAUCAGCCAGGUUUUUGGGCAGGCUUCCCUGAUCCCCCAGUUGUUUGGCCACGAUCAACAGGUCCGGGAGGCAGAUCUGAGCGACCAGUACGAGGCAGCCUGUGAGUCGGCCUGCAGCGAGGCUGAGUCAACGGCCGCAGAGGCGCUUGACCUGCCACUGCCUAGCUACUUCCGCUCACGCAGCCACAGCUACCUGAGAGCCAUCCAGGCAGGCUGCUCGCAGGAGGAGGACAGUGUCUCCCUGCAGUCCCUCUCCCCGCCGCCCAGCACCGGCAGCCUCAGCAACAGUCGCACUCUUCCAAGUUCAUCAUGCCUAGUGGCAUAUAAGAAGACCCCACCACCGGUCCCUCCACGUACCACAUCGAAACCGUUCAUCUCAGUCACCGUGCAGAGCAGCACCGAGUCUGCUCAGGAUACCUACCUGGACAGUCAAGACCACAAGAGUGAAGUGACGAGCCAGUCGGGCUUGAGCAACUCAUCAGACAGCCUGGACAGCAGUACCCGGCCACCCAGUGUGACACGGGGCGGAAUUACCCCAGGCCCUGAAGCUCCGGAGCCACCCCCUAAGCAUGCAGCUCUGAAGAGUGAACAAGGGACACUGACGAGCUCUGAGUCCCAUUCCGAGGCCAUCCCCAAAAGGAAACUGUCAUCAAUAGGAAUACAAGUUGACUGCAUUCAGCCAGUGCCAAAAGAGGAGCCCAGUCCCGCUACCAAAUUCCAGUCCAUCGGGGUUCAGGUAGAGGACGACUGGCGAAGCAGCGCCCCCUCUCACAGCAUGUCCUCCCGUCGGGACACUGACUCCGAUACCCAGGAUGCCAAUGACUCCAGUUGUAAGUCAUCUGAGAGGAGUCUCCCAGACUGUACCUCACACCCCAAUUCCAUCAGCAUUGAUGCUGGCCCCCGACAGGCCCCCAAGAUUGCCCAGAUCAAGCGCAACCUCUCCUAUGGAGACAACAGCGACCCUGCCCUGGAGGCGUCCUCGCUGCCCCCACCCGACCCUUGGCUGGAGACUUCCUCCAGCUCCCCAGCAGAGCCAGCUCAGCCCGGGGCCUGCCGCAGGGAUGGCUACUGGUUCCUGAAGCUCCUCCAGGCAGAAACGGAGAGACUGGAAGGCUGGUGCUGCCAGAUGGACAAGGAGACCAAAGAGAACAGCCUCUCUGAAGAAGUCUUAGGGAAAGUUCUCAGUGCUGUGGGCAGUGCCCAGCUCCUGAUGUCCCAGAAAUUCCAGCAGUUCCGUGGCCUCUGUGAGCAGAACUUGAACCCUGAUGCCAACCCCCGUCCGACAGCCCAGGACCUGGCGGGGUUCUGGGACCUGCUGCAGCUGUCCAUCGAGGACAUCAGCAUGAAAUUCGACGAGCUCUACCACCUCAAGGCCAAUGGCUGGCAGCCGACGGAGACCCCCGAGAAGAGGAAGGAAGAGAAGAAACCACCCCCUCCAGUCCCGAAGAAGCCAGCUAAAUCCAAGGCGGCAGUGAGCCGCGACAAGGCCUCCGACGCGGGGGACAAGCAGCGUCAGGAGGCCAGAAAGAGACUCCUGGCCGCUAAGCGAGCGGCAUCUGUGCGACAGAACUCAGCCACAGAGAGUGCGGACAGCAUCGAGAUUUAUGUCCCUGAGGCCCAGACCAGGCUCUAAGGCCAUGAAGGAAAAAGCACUCAAUUUUAAAUCAUUAAAAACUCAAUGCAAAUGGAA